UUGACGCAGAGUAGGAUUCCAGGCGAGUUCAAGCGUAGGGGUCUGAUUGCUCCGGAGUUUACCCCCGAAACACGUCCCCAAGCGCGGCCAGGACCUGCGCUUCGGACCGGCCCUCACUAAAUCAGAACUAAACCGGGACUUAUCAGGGGCUAAACCGGGGCCAGCCGAUAUCAAACCGGGCUGAGGAGGAGAGAUGGAGGGAGCGCAGAAGAGGAAAAAACUGCCCUGAUCUCCCCGGUAGAAGAGGCCAGAGGACGGGGAUAAAACCCGCACCAAGCCGGGCGCUGGAGGACUGCGUAAAGACGCACGGAGCGGACUUUUGGAGCGGACUUUCGGACACGUCUCCGCGGCUCUUCGGUGGAGGGAGCGCGGUUGAAGGCAGUUUGGAGACCGGAGAGGAGCUCGGAGGUUAUUCACGGGGCAUCGGAGAAACGGUGGGCCGCGGGGCACCAUGGGAACUGGAGUCUUCAUCUGCGUCCUGCUGCUGUCCGCCCCGGCCGCAGCCCUGCUUCAGACCCAGCACCUGUCCUCAUAUCACCUGACUGUCCCUCGACCGAUCGGCGGGCGGCUGAGGCGGGGCUUAGACGGAGUGCCGCCCAAUCAGAUGUCCUACAUCAUAAAUGUGGAGGGACAGGACCAUGUAGUGCGCCUCCACAGGAACACGAUAUUGCUGCCUCCAGACUUCACUGUUUUCACCUACAGAGAUGACGGCUCCCUGCUCAGCUCCACCCCCCCUGUGCAGGACCACUGUCAUUACAGCGGAGAGGUGGAGGGGAUGGAGGACUCGUCUGUGGCUCUGAGUGUCUGCAACGGACUCAGAGGAGUGCUCCAUUUGACCCAUGACAGUUUUGGGAUCGAACCCUUAAACCAAGACUCACAUCAGGACCAGGACUCGGGGCAGCACCUGGUGUACCGCCUACAGGAUGUGACAUCACAGCCGAGUGGAUGUGGCACUGCUCACCAUGACGACCACGGGAACGCCACAGAGCAUGCUCAGUCUGGUCCAGAGGAGAUCCCCCACAGACCACACACCAGGAGGAAGAGGGCGGUGCUGCACCAGACUCACUAUGUGGAGCUUCUCCUGGUGGUGGACAAUGAGCGGUUUAAUUUCAUGCGGCAGAAUGACACGGCCGUGCGGGAGGAGAUGGUGCACUUGGCCAACCUCAUCGACAGCAUUUACAUUCAGCUGAACGUUCGGGUUGUCCUCGUGGGGCUGGAGAUCUGGACACAGCAGAACCCCAUCAGCAUAGAA